AAUUUCACUGUUUUUUUUUACUAAAAAACAGAUUUUUACUAAUUUUCAGUUAUGUACUUUAAGGCUUUUAAACAGUAACACUUCAUUAUGGGUAUGACCUACAUUUCGUUAAUGGCAACGCCUAUUCUUACACAGCUUUUUCAAUGCAUUGUUAAAUAAUAAAAGUUUUGAAACAAUCACUUUAGACUGUUUUCGAAAAAAUACUGAAAUAUAAUAAAUAUUACUAAAGCGUUUUCUUUGUUGAAAAGUUUUUUCAUUGAAUAUCUCUGUGAUGUGAAUACCUGCCAGCAAAGUGCUGUUUAUAUUAUGCAAAUUAUAAUCCAAAAAAAAAAAUCAUAUUUUCCUUAACCUCUUUAAAAUUCUCUAUAAAUAUGCCACCGGAUUCUAUUUUUAACACAAGUUACUUAUUUAUUACCUCGCAAACCAUGAAGUUCCAACUUUCUUGCCUUAUUUUAUUCUACACUUUCUCCGGUAUCGCUGCAAGGAUAUUCGACCGCUGCUCUUUGGCUCGUGAGCUGUCGCGUCUGGGUACGCCGCGUGGUGAUAUACCCGCUUGGGUGUGUAUUGCACAGUAUGAGAGUACGUAUAAUACGGCGGCCAUUGGUCCACCGAACUCGGAUGGUUCGCGUGAUUGGGGUCUCUUUCAAAUUAACGAUCGCUUCUGGUGUGAUCCUCAAGAUGGACGUCGCACGUCGAAUGCUUGUGGCACACCGUGUCGUUCGUUGACUACCGAUGAUAUUGGUACUUCGCUGCGUUGUGCGCGUCAAAUACAAAGUGCACAAGGUCUUGGUGCUUGGACCGUGUGGGGUGGACAGUGUCGUAGCGGUUGGGCCUUACCGAAUAUUAAUGAUUGUGGAUUAUGAUGUAUUUGGGUUUAUCGAGAAUAUAUUGUAAAUUUGAAAUCAAUUUGAGAAAAAAUAAAUGUUGAGUUUCAUAAAAUUGGUUUUAAUCCGGGAAUGUAGAAUCAAACGACGUUGAGUAGUCGGUUUUGGUAUG